AUGGUAGGCGGUAAGCUGACCGAGGAAUUCAAGGUGAUGACCGGUCUAAAGCAGGAAGAUGCCUUAUCACUCGUGCUCUUCUACUUAGCCCUUGAAAAUGUUGUCCGAACAGUGUUAACGUUGGACAUAAGGCUGGAAUUGAGCGGCAAGCACAAAGUGAUAGGGUACGCGGACGACCUGGCUUUAUUAGGGGAAAGCCGCGAUGAAGUAGUACAGGCAGCCAGUGUCUUGGAGCGAGAGGCCCCUAGGAUAGCGGCCCAUAAAAACCCACAACGUAUCGUGGGGGGCACUCCCACGACAGCAGAAGAGUACCAAUACAUGGCCAACAUGCAGUACCAUCUGUGGAACAUAUUCUGGGAGCAGUGGUGCGGUGGCUCCCUCAUCAAUUCCCGGUCCGUCCUCUCGGCGGCGCAUUGCUACGAAGGAGACAGUGAGAACCAGUGGCGAGUUCGCCUCGGCACCUCGCUGGCGUCGAGCGGCGGCACCGAGCACCAAGUGUCCCGGCUGAACUUGCAUGGCGGCUACAACCGCAACACCCUCGACAACGACAUCGCCAUCAUCCAACUCGCCACCCCCGCCAUUUUCAGCGACACCGUGGGUGUUGUGAGCAUUGGUGGCCCCAACUACAACCUCCCUGAUGGCACCCCAGUCACCACCAUCGGAUGGGGCGCCCUCUCCAGCGGCGGCAGCUACCCUGAGCAGCUCCAGCAUGUCGAAAUCAACAUUAUUAGCCAAGCCUACUGCUCCGCCCAGUACGCCUGGCUGAAAACCCAGCCUGGCUACCAGAACUGGCCCGAUAUCACCGACAAUAUGAUAUGCGCUGGCAUCCAGUACCAUGGUGGCAAGGAUGCCUGCCAGGGCGACUCCGGUGGACCUCUCGUCCACCGUGUAAUUUACCCCACCGACGUCCAAGUCGGUAUCGUAUCCUGGGGCAUGGGGUGCGCCCACCCUGACUUCCCCGGUGUCAACACUCGCGUCAACAGAUACACCGACUGGAUCGUCGCCAACGCCUAAAACCUAACACGAAAUAUAAACCAUCGUUUAAAAUGAA